AGUAGGUCAAGGCAGCAGUUCGUUGUUUACAAUUGUUUCCACGUGUAUUACAGCAAAUACCAAACAUUGGUCUUAUUCAUAAUGGGUAAAGUUAGAAAACAGAAGCGUCACUUAAAGUUUAACUACAACAAAGAUAGAAAGAAGAACUGGAAAAAGGCCAAGGGUAUGCCAGUUAUUAAAUGUAAAGAAAUAAAAAAUGCUUGGGAUGAAGGCAAAAGUCUAACACAGAACCUCAAAGAAAUGGGCAUUUCAGCAGACCCUAACAAAACUUUGAAAGUCCCACGUUCCAAGGCCGUCAAAAUGGGAAUGAUGAAUGUGGAGAUGGAAGCUGAAAUAACUAAGACACCCAUAAAAAAUUAUGUUAUGCAAGAGCUGGAAGAAAAAUCAAAAAUACCUGUAGCAAAGAAAAUGUCAAUGUCUGAUGAAGAUGCAGGCUUUUGUGUUUACCUUAUGGACAAAUAUGGGGAGGAUUACAAGGCAAUGUCCAGAGAUGAAAGGAAUUACUAUCAAGAAACUCCGAAACAGAUUCAAAGAAAAAUCAAUCGUUUUAAAAGUAUUCCAGAAAUGUACAGAGUUUAUGCAGAGGCCAAACAAGUGACACCUAACAAGUUAAGAAAACCUUUAGUGUGUCUGUCCCCUACCAGAUACAUGACUAGACACACAGAGGCCUGUGUUAGAAAUGGACAUCUCUUCCCCUCUUCACUGGCGGCUACAUCAACAGUAGUGAUUGGAGAAGCUGCACUUUGUCGUGUCCGACGUAAACUACAGUUUGGAAGGAAGCCUCCUAAAGAAAGGAGUGUCAAAGACACUUAAACAGUUUGAACCGUACACAACAUUUGACAGAGGCAGCUGAAGAAAUGCAUUUUAUCUGAGUGAAAUUAAGGUCUUUUUCUUGCAAACACUAGCCAUAUUGUAUUUGAAACAGUAUUACAGAGAAAAUAUUUUGAUAACUUGGUACCUUGAUUGAAGUUGUUUUUUUUUACUAACUAUUUGUAAAUCACAUGUUUGAGUUGCCAACUUUAGUAAUUCUGUGCAGUGUAACAGUGAAAGAGAUGUUUAAUGGAUGAUUGAUGAAUAUUAAAUAUACAAUGGAUCUUUUUUUUUUGUUUACCAGGUACUUCAUUUUGUACUUUGUUUUAUUCAAUACUUUUAAGGCAUUUUUUUAGAUUAUGUCGUAGUCCAAACCUUCCAUCAGAAGAGCAGGGGAAGGAAAAAGGCAGGGUUGUUUAAAGUUCAUAGAUCUACCAUACAACCAUUAGUGCUUUUUUUUUUUUUUUUUUUUUUUUUUAAAAGAUUAAUUUGAAGUAAAAUAAUAAAUAUAAGUGUUUUAGAUGAACAUGUUUCAUGGUCUGACUGUUUACACAGUUUGGUUUGGUUGACAAUAUAAAAAAAAGCCCUGGCUAGAAGAGGGGAUUGAGGCGAAGAGAUUACCAAUAGUGUGAUACAAUGAAACAUUUUGUUUUCAGUAUGUGAUUAGACUGUUAUUUUGUAUGAACCUGUACAAGCUUAACGGGUUUGUAUUAGACAUUAUGUUCUGCACAAAUGAAUAUUUUGAUCUCUGAAAAUAUUUUUAUUUUGUUUUUUUCUCCAAUGGCUGAGAACAUCUAAACAAUUUGUUUUUUUGUUUAGUUUUUCUGUGAUUGUUGUUUUUAAGCAUUUUGUUGAUUUGAAAAGUUCCAUGUUCAUAAUAUCUUAAAGAAAACACUGAAAAAAAAAAAAGAAAAAAAUAUACCCCUAAUAUAAAAAUGAAGGAUGCUUUAAAAUGUAACCCAAAACUUAAGUGAAGAAUUUUGUUUUAGGAAAAGAUUACAUGUUGUGGACAUCACAUUCUGUCAGUGGAUAAGAACAGUAUAAAGCAUUGCUGCAAUGCUUCAAUGAAAAGGCAAAAGUUGAAAACAAAGCUAACUCUGAAAGGUGCAUUCACAAAAAUAUCUGAAACAAAUAAUUUUUCCUUUUUGACCUGCCACCCACAGAGCAGGUGAUGCAAAACUUGUGUCUAUGGCCAAUGGUUCACAAGGGUGUCAUGUGGCCAGCACAAUGAAACUGUUUUCACUUCUUUAAAUAAUAUCAUGUAAGAAUUAGGUGGAUCGAAGUUCAAAACUCCAGUUUUUAGUGGGAUUCAGUCUUGUCUGGUUCAAAAGCUAAACUACUUAGAAAGAAUUCAUGAACAUUUAGUUUCAAGCUUAAUUGAUAAGUAGAUUUAUAAAUGGCUUCCUAAGUAUUUUGUUCCAAACUAGUUACAGUGGCUACCUUGAGUAGAAUGACAUUGUUACCAAAGAUCACAUCUUACUUGAAAUGCAUUGUGCCACUUACCAGAUACUUUAUGCUAAUCACACUGUUUAGGAAAAUGUAUAAUUAACAGAUCCAACUCUUAAAAUAUUGAAUGACCUUUGGUUUCAAAGAGUGCUUCCCUAACGUCAUAAUGCUUACUUGCAUCUUUUAACAGCCACAGAUGUGAAACUUAUCAUUCCAUUUUGACUUUGUAGUGCAGGAUGUUUCCUAUGCAGACGCCAUAAAGCAGUCAUUUAAAGCCUAUGUACAUAUAUUUAGAGUGAUUAUUCCAUAGUUCCAUAUUCCUUCGAUUAAUUUACUGUGACUGACCAUUGAAUGCUUUCUUAGUUACAAGCAAUGGUUCACAUUUUUUUUUUAUACAAAUUGUCAUAAGACAAUAAUUAUGCUUUUGCUAUCUAAGCAAGAUAAGUUAAUAACUUUGAGGUAGGCAUAUAUCGCUUUAAAUUAUAUUUUAUACUUGAUUUUAAAAGACUUUUUUUUUCAUAAUGAGCUAGAUCUAUCAAUCAGGUUUGUUAGAUUAAAAUUUACAAAUGUUUAAAGUUUUAUACUGUUUAAUAAAUAUAAGUAUAUAUUUUUUUCUCUAACCAAGUUUAAUAUCUCAAAAUUUUUACUGGUCCACUAACAGGUUGUUGAGAGAACGAUACUGAAGUUUUUAUAUACACUAAAUUCACUAUAUUGAGAAAUAUUUGAGAUGGAAAUAUUGUUUCUCACUGUCAUUUUCUAUCCAAUCUUUGAAAUAGAUGUAUGUUUAAUAUACAUAAAACAUACAGGCAUUGUCACACUUUUCUUCAACUAUUUUGCUAUUAUAAAAAAAACAAAAAAAGUUUGUAUAAAUUUUAAUUUUUUUAUUUUUGUACUUUCUUAAAAUUUCUUUAAAAUGAAAUUUGAAGUCAAAAGUUCUUUAUACUUUUUAUAAUUUAAAAUACAUUUUGAAGAAUUAUUUUUGUAACAUAGUACAUAUAUAUAUGUGUAGAUAUUUUGUACGGAAAUAUGUUUUUAUUUUAAGCAUUGGAUUUUUAUUGAAUGUUAAAGUAUGUUAUUGUGUAUUAAUGAAUGUAUGAUUAGGUAUUGUAAAUAAAUGUUCACAAAAUUAUAGAAGAA